CCCUUCAGCCUCCAGCAGCUCGUCUUAAGGGGCGGGGCUCCCCCGUUCUCCCGGCGUGUCUACAUUUUGCUCGCAAUGCCUCUGCCGCAGGGUGACGUGACUGCCUUAUUCCUGGGGCCUCCGGCCUCGGGAAAGUCCGCGCUGAUCUCCGCGUUAUGUGGCAAGAAUGUGGAAACGGUAGAGAUUCCUGAAGGACGACCGGAUUCUGGAGUCCCCGUUCUGAGAGCUGCGGCCCCAGGCCUCUUCCUAGGCGAGCUGAGCUGCCCACCCGCAGCUCCAGGACCCUGGGCGGCGGAGGCCAACUUGCUGGUAUUGGUUCUACCAGGAUCUGAGGGGACUGAGGAGCCCUUGACCCCAGCUCUGGGAGAGGCAGCGCGGGCCGCCCUGGCCCGAGGGACCCCGCUGCUGGCUGUACGGAAUCUCCGUCCUGGAGAUUCCCAGAAUGAAGCUCAGGCCCGGGAUCAAACUGCGGCCAUGCUGAACAGUGCUGGGUUAGGAGCUGCUCCUCUCUUUGUGCUACCGGCCGAUUGCAGCAGCAGUGACCGCUGCGAAGAGCUGGAGCGCCUGCAGGUGGUGCUGCGGACCCAGGCGGAGGCGCUGCAGAGGCUCCUGCCACCUGCUCAGGAUGGCUUCGAGGUGCUGGGCGCAGCAGAGCUGGAAGCUGUGCGCGAGGCCUUCGAGACCGGUGGCCUAGAGGCGGCACUGUCGUGGGUGCGCGCUGGCCUUGAGCGCCUGGGCAGCGCGCGACUGGAUCUGGCGGUGGCCGGAGCUGCCAAUGUAGGACUUGUGCUGGACAUGCUACUGGGCCUGGAUCCUGGCGACCCAGGUGCUGCGCCUGCCUCGGAGCCCACUGAACCCACCCCUUAUCCGGCUCCAGAGCGCCCCAACGUGGUGCUCUGGACAGUUCCCUUGGGCCCCACGGCCACAUCUCCUCCUGCCACCCCUCACCCAACCCACUAUGAUGCCCUGAUCCUCGUCACCCCUGGGGCUCCCACCGAAGAGAACUGGGCCCAGGUCCGCUCGUUGGUAUCCCCAGAUGCUCCACUCGUCGGUGUGCGCACGGAUGGCCAGGGCGAGGAUCCACCCGAGGCUCUGGAAGAAGAAAAACCUGACAAGCUCGAGAAUGCAAGCGGCGGGAAGUCAGGGGAUGCAUGUAGCGAAGGAAAAGAAAACCCUGGCUCCGGGGACUCAGGGCCCACGGCUGCUAGGAGCCCGGAAGAUGAGCCGUGGGAGGUGCUGGAGGAAGUGCCUCCGCCGGUGUUCCCUCUGCGCCUAGGUGGUCUCCCGGGGCUGGGAACCUGGCUGCAGCGUGCACUGCCUGCGGCUCAGUCCGGGGCGCUUCUGCUGGCGCUGCCACCCUCAAGUCCCCAGGCGGCGCGGAGGAAGGCGGCAGCGCUGCGGGCAGGAGCGUGGAGGCCAGCCUUGCUGGCCAGCCUGGCGGCGGCGGCCGCUCCAGUACCAGGAUUGGGCUGGGCUUGCGACGUGGCGCUUCUCCGGGGACAGCUGGCUGAGUGGCGGCGCUCGCUGGGCCUCGAACCAACGGCAGUGGCACGCCGUGAGCGCGCCCUGGGCUUGGCUCCUGGAGUGCUGGCCAUGCGCACACGCUUCCCGGGCCCAGUGACACGCGCUGAGGUGGAGGCCAGACUGGGGUCCUGGGCCGGCGAGGGCACAGCGGGAGGCGCUGCGCUGGGCGCACUCUCCUUCCUAUGGCCCGCAGGUGGCGCAGCAGCGACAGGUGGGCUGGGUUACCGUGCUGCUCACGGUGUACUGCUGCAGGCCCUGGAUGAGAUGCUGGCUGAUGCUGAGGCCGUGCUGGGACCCCCAGAGCCCAACCAGUGAGGAGUGUGGUAGGGGCUGGGGUGUCUGGUGACUUGGUUUCUGGCCCCACAGCCUCUGAGAUUGAGGGGUGGUACUCAGACCCGGGAACUUGAAGGAGACUGACUUCUCGUUGAAAUCUGCGACUUACAGUUACCUGAUUUCCGGGUUAUGAAUGGGAGUAGGGUCUGAGCGCCAUUAGUUUGCCUUUCAGACGCUAAUGCAGUGAAGGGAGUUGGGGGCCUGGGCUCCUAGAAAUGGGAGCCUCUUGGCCUCCAGCUGGCACCUGCUCCUGGAUAUUUAAGCCUAGAUUACUGCCUGUGAGUGGACCUAUGGCUGUGGGCCUAGUACUACUAUAGGGAGUUAGAACCCUUGAAGGGCUGGGUCCCAAUGGGAAACAAGAUGUGUAAUUUGCCCCGGAAAGAACAGGUUUUUGGUACUUUCAUUUCAGGAGCCAUGAGAGUCUUAAAUGCUGGUGCUUAAGACGUGGGACUCGGUUGUCAAUUCCUGUGUGGUAGGAAACCCUGUAGAGACGCCCUGGUCUCAUGGAGAAUGGAGGUUCGUCCACCAUUUGAUCUCGGAGGCUUUGGUGUAGAGAACAUUGUCCCACAAAAUUGAAGGGAAGGAACCAGAGGUCUAGGCAUGGUGGUCUCCUGAUGGCCAGAUUCUGGGAAUGGGGUCUUUUCGUUAUGGAAGAGUAGAGACCCACACUUGAGAAAUGCCUCCCCGUGCUUUACUGGGAAGGGGUGUGACUACCCCCACUUUAGAGGUGCUGGGUGAUUCAGGAUCUCUGGCAUGUGUGUUCCUGUUCCGCUUUACUCUAUCACUGGUUUCCUCUGUCAUAAGGAGUGCUUCGCUCUUGCUGUUUCGGAAAGGCGAGGAGGGGAUGUCCUGCGGCAGCAGUCUUCCCAGACUUCUCUGGGAAGGUACCAGGAGUGAGGCAGAAACCACAGUGCUGCCAGAUUUGUGUAGGUGGGAAGUGCCACCGUAUUGUUCUUCCGUGUCAAAACAGAAAGGGAGGACUGGGUAGAUGGGACCGCCAGGCUCAGAGAUGCAGGCCAGAGACUCAUUGACACAGCAAGGUACUGUGUGACCUGGCCCCUGCCUCUUCUCAUUCCCUAUCCAUCUCCAGCAAGCCUGGUUUGUCUUUCUGAUGCUUGGGUCCCACCUCAGGACUUGUGAUUUUCUGUUUUUCUGUGGAAUGCUCUGCCUCCCCAUCUUUUUGAGAUUGGGUCCUUAUCCAUCAGAUCUCCCUGAAAUGGCUCCU